AUGGUUGUUGAAGAAGAAAAUCUGGUGGAUUUUGAAAAAAUUGAAAGCUUUUUGUUUGGUGUCGCGCCAAGCAGCAUCUUGCCAGACUCGAUAAACGGCGACAACAACGAUGAGCGUGCCGGCCAUGGCUUCAAGAUUGUCGAGUCUAUGGUGGACGUUUAUCAAAAUCUCCGCAGGUGGCUCAUAUGCCAACCAGACGCCCAUGCCCGGUAUGCUGUACGGGCACCUAUCACGGCAAUGACACAUCAUGAGAACAUCGACAGUGCCGUUGAAUUGCGGUCGAAUUCUGCUUCCGCAUGGGGCCCUGGAGCUGUGUUACUGAAAAUGGAUACUCACGGAUGA